AUGCGCCAGCUGGAACCAGCAGUCCAAUCAUUCGUCUUCAGCUCCUUCUACAACAAAGUCGAAAAUUUGAUAUCAAACAAUUUGAUUAAUUGCCCAGACUGCUUCGUCUUGGCAUCAUACUAUAUCAACGGCUACGGUACCAAAGUUGACUAUGAAGCAGCUAUGAGACUAAUAGAUCUUGCAUCAAACAAAGAAUACGACCAUGUCUCCUCGCGUACGUACGCCUACCGCAUUCACAAAGCUCUUGAACCGGGCUUCACUUUAACAUCAUCUGUAUACGACAAUCUAUCUGUGAUGGUUCUCAGAGGCUCAAGGCCAGCUCUGAUGGAUCUGAAGGAAGUAGCACCUGCACAGUAUGCAUGGAGUCAGCCGAUACUUCGUGAUGUGAUGGCUGGCGUUGGAGCAAACUUUUUCCACAGUACAAAUAUGCUGGGUGGGUUCCAUCAUAACCAAUGGAUUUUGACGUUCGACGCGCCAGACAUACUUGUUCGCAAUCUAGGAAGCCUCAAUCAAGUUUCUGAGUAUAAAGUUAAUAAGCGUGGUGAUAAAAUAUUACACAUCGCAGCGUAUGCAGGUCGGAUCCAGGCUAUUGAGAUCCUGCUGGACGCAUUUCCAUCCAUGCAUAUUGACCAACGAAAUGAUCAUGGGGAGACCCCGCUACUAUGUGCCUGCCGAUCGGGACAGGUUGCGACUGUUUUGAGAUUAGUUGAGCUCGGCGCAGAUGCAUCGAUCGCUGCUACGAACGGCGAAACCUGCGUCCAUUGGCUGCUCUCAUUCGGAGACGACGACAUCAUCACAGUCGGAGAUGCCCUCAUGAAGCAAGGGGCGAGACUGAGAGCGUUCACCCGCGAAAGAGUCGCAUACUCGGAUUUCCAUGCUGGAAUAGAUGUCGACUUUCAACUUCCCGGUUCGCCUCUCACAUGGGCCAUCCAUCAUGACCGGUCAUCAGUCGUCAAAUUUCUCUUGGACAAAGCUCCAGGCGGUGUCUCUGUAUGGUUUGAUAAAUCCAGCGAGCCCAGUUCGUCACCACCCCCGUUGGAAUAUGCUGCUUAUUUUCACCACUUUGAAUGCCUUGGACUAUUGAUGGAUGCCCUUGAUCACGCAAAAAUAACGCACAACAUGGAUUCAAUCCUCAAAUCUGCUGCCCACGCUGCAGACACCUUCUCCAUGAUUCUCCGAAAUGGUGCCAAAUACGAGGAGAGGCUGUCCGAGACACUGAAACUCUGUCUAAAAAGGUCCAAGCAAACGGUCUUUGGAUCCGGCAUCGGAGAAUUUGAUACGACUCUCUUGUUUUACGCAGUCAGCGAAUGCCACGACAAGGUCGUUGAAUGUCUACUAUCCAAAGAGGUCGCGCAGCUCGUUGAAUCAUUCGGCACUCAGCCAGACGAAGGUCCAUCCCGACCUGGGGCAUACGUCCCAAGCGAUAUCAAUCGGCCAGCUGGGGAACACCGCCGCACUCCAGUACUAGAAGCAAUUCGCUGGAACCGGAAACCCAUCGUAGAGCUCCUGAUUAUAAACGGCGCUGAUCCGAAGGCAGUGGCCCGGAAUCCCUUCAAUGUAGAUGAAAUGAACUGGGGCGGAUUGCAUAUCCUCGCCACGGCCGGCCACAACACGAAUCACUCCGAGCUGGUGUCCUACCUAGUGCUUGAAUCCGGGUUGUACAUUGAUGGAUAUCAUUCGAAUGUCACUGAGAAUGGCCCGGAACUCGAGAGCAGCGACACCGGGUCCACGGUAGAGACGCCUUUUCUUGUCGCCGUGCAGCAUAAUGCGUUCAAUCUCGCCUCAACAUUCCUCGCGUUUGGCGCAGAUCCUAACGCGGUAUGCUCCAACGCGGGCUUGCUCUCUCUAGAGAACCCGACAACCGUUUUAGGCCAUAUCAUUGCUGCUUCAGCACAACACUCAAUACCACGUCUUCGAUACCUCCUUGGGAAAUUUUCGCUAGGAGAAAUAAAAAUUAAUUUCAUCGUCGAACAAGACAGACAACUAAGCGCUCUCCACCGCGCAGCCUGGGCUCACAAGGGCGUCAUGCAUCGAACAUCAACUGCCCAUGAUCCCCAAGGCGCUUUCCUUGAACGUGACGAGUACGACAUGAUUGUCAAUCAAGAUAUUAUCCAAGAACUUCUGGAGAUAUGGGGAGACGAAGAGAAAAUAAACCUCCGCUGUGCUGUCCAUGGGAGAACUGCGCUUCAUUUGGCCGUGGAAGCGGGAAAUAUCGCUGGUGUUAGAAUGCUGCUUGAAAAGAAAGCAAACCCUUCUAUCUGUGAUGGGUUAGGUCUUAUGGCCGUGGAAUUGGCAGGGAAUAUGUUGGAUAGCUUGGGCGAUGGGAGUGAGGAGGAGCUGGGGAUAUAUGCAGAAAUUAUUUGCAUGCUUUUGGGGACAUCUGCAGGAAGCUGA